GCUUUAUUCCCCCUCAACCAAUAUUCCCUCAACUUGCAGUCUCUCUCUCUCUUACUCUCUCUCACUAUAAAUACCACCUGCCCUCUCGACUCCCUCUUCAACCUUCUCCUCAACCCACACCAUAACCAACUCUCUCACUCUCCUAUUCAGUUCCAAUGGCUUCGUGGACCGCAGAACAGAACAAGCACUUCGAGCAGGUGCUUGCGGUUUACGACAAGGACACCCCCGACCGGUGGCAGAACGUUGCUCGUGCCGUCGGAAAGUCUGUCGAGGAUGUCAAGAGGCAGUACAGGCUUCUUGAAGAAGAUGUCAGGCAUAUUGAGUCUGGCAAUUACCCUUCUUACGGCACUAGAAAUCGUGUCCGUGACGAAGAACAAAGGAUGAGGUAUCUAAGGCUCUGAUCAACCACAAGGAAAGAAAGUAGGCAUGUGGGUAUUAAGUAAGAAGAAGAAUAUAUAUUAGGUUAUGAAGGGCUAGCUGCAUGCAUACAGUUAGUAGUAUUCUUCAAAUGAAGCGCUAGCCUUAGCUAUAUCUUCAUAUUUCUUCUUCUAUCAAUGCCUCUCUUGCAAAUUUAUGUGGACCUACUUAAUCAGUGUAUUAUGGUUGCUUAAUCUAAAAGUUAACUUUCUCUUCUGUACUA